UCCAUCACUAGUAUAUAGGUCAGUGUCCACAGUGUGACUACAGAGAGAUUGUCUGCACUGAACUACUGAACAGUUUGCCACAAAACCUCCCACUCCAACCGAGGAAAUCUCAAGACAGAAAACUCAGAAGAAGAGAAAAGAAAGAGAAACCAAACAAAUAUACCGAGCUCAGCUGAAAGAUGUCUGAACAAAGACAGAUUUCCAGUUACAUGGAAAAGGAGAAGAACAUGGACAAAAGGCCCAGGUCUCCUACUUUUUCCAUGGAUUCUUUGACCCCUGAGAUCAACAACAUCCCUGUCUCAGGGUCCAUCAAUCACACACCGUUAGAUGACGAUGAGCUGAUGCAGUGUAAUGACCUCUUAGAUAAAGAAGAGCUCACCUGCUUCAGCAUCCACGAAAACAUGAGCCUGGAAAGCCGAUCAUUGCUCUCCAGCUCCUGGUCUUGCAGCACUGAUUCAGUUUUCUCACAGGUCAUCACCUCAUUUGAUCAGGAUGUCAAUGAGGUGAUUAAAGCAGUAUGCCAAAGCUUUGUUGAUCCUGAGAACAUGGAGACAGAGGCGGUUGAUUCUGAAGAAAAAGAGAAAGUCCAGACCACAGAGAGCAUAUCAACUUCCAGACAGACCAUCGGGUCGGAUAAGAGCCUGUCUUCUUCUUCCACCAAAACAGUCAUCGCUGAGGCAGCAAAAACGCUCAUCUCUUUGGUGAUUGACAAAGCUGUAAAGGCACUGGAGGCCACUGAGGCUGCAAAAACACCCAAGGACAUUGGUUCUCUAAAGACACUGCAGUCUACUGAGGGUGAAAAGACUCUGGAGGACACUGAUUCUCUAAAGACACUGCAGUAUACUGACUGUGAAAAGGUGAAGAGGUGUUUCAGUAGAGAUCAGAGAAAGGUUCAUCCAGCUCCACUUGCAUAUUUGGAUGAGCCUGUCAGGUCACCCAGCACCGAUUGGACAAUAUUUUGCACUGCACAGAGCAAACAGGGCCCUUGUGAUUCCCAAGAGACAACCACCAUUACCUCCACCAGUGGUGGUGAAAGUACAGACCUGAGGCCCAUUCAGCGAGAGUUGGUGGACUGCAUGGCAGACGAUGACCCAACUGGUGUUGAGAAAACCAAAGCAAAGAAAAGCAAUCGCUUCUUUGACUUCUUCCACAACAUCUUUUCCAAGAAAAACAUUAAGAAGAAAGUGGCUGUGGAAGAAAAUCAGUCCAAGUGGCCUUCUUUUUGGAUGCACGUGAUGCUUUUAUAAGGACCAGGAUCAGGACCAGCUUCAGCCACUGGCCUGAUAAUAACUUAUUCCUGCUGUUGUAUUGGUGGAUAAAAAUACAUCAAUAUGAUGUACACUGUGCUGUGUU